CCAAUAGGGGCGAGCGCUGGAAGGGCGCCGUGGCGUCAAGGCGUGACGUCGGCGGCGCCCAUGGCAGAGGGCAGAGGACGGGUCGGAGGGGGCGAUGGCCUCGUCGGUGGUGAGGGCCACGGUGCGCGCCGUCAGCAAGCGGAAGAUCCAAGCUACGCGCGCCGCCCUCACCCUGACACCAUCAGCUGUUCAGAAGAUAAAACAGCUUCUUAAGGAUAAACCUGAGCAUGUAGGUGUUAAAGUAGGUGUUCGUACAAGAGGAUGCAAUGGACUUUCUUACACGUUAGAAUAUACGAAAUCGAAAGGAGACUCUGAUGAAGAAGUAGUUCAAGAUGGGGUUAGAGUGUUUAUUGAGAAGAAGGCACAGCUGACACUUCUAGGAACUGAGAUGGACUAUGUAGAAGACAAGCUGUCCAGUGAAUUUGUCUUCAAUAAUCCAAACAUCAAAGGAACAUGUGGCUGUGGAGAAAGCUUUAACAUCUGAAAUCUCAGGACUACUUCUUUGACUUUGAACACCCCAAAACACUUACUAUGAUGGGUUUCAGAAGCAAAUGCAUUUUCUUCACAUUUGUAGGCUCCAUAAAGUGUGGGUACCGUGAAGAAAAAUAAAGUUAAAUCAUUUUGAAAAUUUAAAUUGUGUGUUAAAUUCCACCACUGAUGUAGUUAUGCUGUAAUUUGUGAUGAGUUGGGAUCCAAAAGGUAAGAACAGUUAAGUGCUGUAGUAACAACUCUGUACCUUCACAUGCCGAGGAAAUAAAAUCUCACUGUUCUUUUCCUUUGUCAUUUUCUUUGUCCACUCUACUCGCUUCUCCAUCCAAAACCCAUUUGAAAGAAUAUAUUGCCUAUGUGUUCUGCUUUGACUUGGGAGGGAAACAACCAAAACCAAACCCCCCAAAACCCUCAACCAUUUAUCUGUGUUUGUUUAUAAAGAUUUAUAUGCACAGGCACACAGUCUUCAGCUUCAGAGUUCACUAUGAUUAUGUAGGUGCUUGCUUUGUUUUUGUAGUUUUCUGAUGCUUUGAUCUUUUUGUGUGUGGAUUUUCUGGUGGUUUAUUUUUGUGUAAAUCUGGGGAAGUCUAAAAGGAAGUUCAUGUAUUAAUAUAGUGGUAGGCUACCAUAGUGCUGCUUGCAGAAAUACUUAAAAAUGGCCUAACCCAAUUUUAAUUCUGUUCCUUUCCUUGUUGAAGGCACAGUAUCUGCUGUACUUAGAAAGUCAUUUUCAAGAACAUGAAAUAGAUUGAGGCACUGGAGUACUAAAGCAAGAUACACACAGGUCUUGUUUCUCACAUUUCUGUUGUUUAUCUUUCUUGACUUAAAUUGCAAAGUUGGUAAAACUGCCUCCGGAUUCUGAUUCCCCAUGUUCACAGAAUGUGCUACCUGUGAACCAAAUGCUAUGAAUGCUUUUUUUGAGAGAGAAAUCUUAGACUUCUCAUUACUUUUUUUUUUUUUGUUUACUCAUGUCUGCUACUACUUUUGUUACAGCUUGACCUCUGUAGUUGCUAGGGGUUUUCACCCAAAUUUACAGUAACUUCUGUUUAACUCCCGUCUUGAAGUUAACUUGGUAACAGAAGAAAAAACAUUUAUAAUUUAGAAAUCCAUAGUAUUUUGUAAUUGUUUUAAAUUAAUCUAGACAGUAAUUAAAAUAUUACGUUUAUAGGAGGCCAUUUUUUCUUUGGAAUUUAUGCUUGCUUUCUCCUUAUUGGAAUUCUGUUUUUGUAAACUAGUGUUUUUCAAGCUUAUAAAGUCUUCAACUCUUCUUUGCUGGUGCUUAGGCAGAAGUGUAAAUGCCUCCCCAGGCCUUCCCAGAAAGUGAUAUGAGAGAACUACUGUUCCAUUCUUUUAUCUCCAUGUUUCCCUGAUUGUCCAAAGAUGACAUUGUGCAGCUAAGCUGCUCGCUUCUGCAGGAGAGAAGAUAAUGUGUCUGCCUAGGCAGCUGAUCAGAACACCUGGUGAAAAGGGUUCAAAUGAAAAGCAGGGGACAACAGGGACUGGGGUCUUGCAGUCAAGGACAAGAAGGUGCCGAGAUGGGAGUGAACUGAGAGCAUUAAGGCUGCAUGUUGAAAAUCCAAAGGUCACAUUGAAUCUGGACAGUUGUACCCUCAUGCCUGUCAACAACUUCGGAUAGUAAUGUGCCGAAGACGUAGGAUUGCAGCUAUGUUUUUAUUCGUCCUUCUACACCUCUUCCCAGGUGUAGAGGGAAGAAGAAAAAUGAAAAAGUAAUUCUUGAUCUGUUUUAUGUAGUGCAUAGGAACAGAAGGUCAGAAUUUCCACACCUGUAGUUUAAUAUUAAAUACCUGAAUUUUGAUUGUAUACUAUAUCACCUUUUGAUGUAAAAACACCAUUUCCUUCAACUGUCAACUGUUGUACACAGUGACUUUACUUCAUAUAGUAAUUCAGGAAUUAGUGGUAAUACACUGCCUAGGUGCAUUUAUAGUGCUGGAAGUCUUGCCAAACAAAAAAAAGCAGUUAAUGUGAUACAGCUGCAUUAAUAUGUCUAAAACUCCAAGCUAAGGGCCUUUCUUCAGAUUGCAUUUCUCUGCUUCUUGCUGGAGGGUAAGACUGUGAAGGUGGUAGCACUGGUGGUUGCUAAGAGUGCUAGUACUUACUCAUUUAACUUGUUUUGGUGUGUUUUGGGGUGGGGGAGUUUGGUUUGGUUUUGCUUUUUUUUAGACCUGUGGCACAUAUAGCAAUCCUUUUCAUGUGUUUUGUGUAUAUGCCUUGAGUGAAAGUUUGCACUUUUGUACUCCCACGAAAUAAUACUCUAAAUUGUCACUUUACUAAGACACCUAACGCACAAUGUGUUUAAACUUCUGUUAAAGUGCUAUUUACGGUGGCGUAGCAACAUGGUUUUGUUGAGUGGUCCAUCAUAAUUUUGUGCAAUACUGUAUGUAGAGUUCUCAGUUAUAAUAAUAAACACUGCCUGUUGGUAAACAUGAAA